AUAUUACAAUAGCUGAAUAGCUAUCCCUAAUUCAUGAACAAAAACAUGUCACCCCUUAUUCUUUUACCCUUUGCUCUCUUGCUAUUCUUCUUGUUCAAAAAACACAAAACAUCUAAGAAAUCAACAACUCUUCCACCAGGUCCUAAAGGCCUUCCUUUCAUUGGAAACUUACACCAACUUGAUAGUUCAGUUCUUGGUUUAAAUUUCUAUGAACUCUCUAAGAAAUAUGGCCCUAUAAUCUCCCUUAAACUUGGUUCAAAGCAAACAGUCGUUGUUUCAUCAGCAAAAAUGGCCAAAGAAGUAAUGAAAACACAUGAUAUCGAAUUCUGUAACCGACCCGCGUUAAUCAGCCAUAUGAAAAUAUCAUAUAAUGGAUUAGAUCAAAUAUUUGCACCAUAUAGAGAAUAUUGGAGACACACAAAAAAACUUUCCUUUAUUCAUUUUCUUAGUGUCAAAAGAGUCUCAAUGUUUUACUCAGUUAGAAAAGAUGAGGUGACACGAAUGAUCAAGAAGAUAUCAGAAAAUGCUUCUUCCAACAAAGUUAUGAACAUGCAGGAUCUUCUUACUUGUCUUACAAGUACUUUAGUUUGUAAGACCGCCUUCGGCAGAAGGUAUGAAGGGGAAGGAAUUGAGCGUAGCAUGUUUCAAGGUCUGCAUAAAGAAGUUCAGGAUUUGCUAAUUUCGUUCUUUUACGCGGAUUAUUUGCCCUUUGUUGGAGGGAUUGUUGAUAAACUCACCGGAAAGACGAGUCGCCUUGAGAAAACGUUCAAGGUUUCAGAUGAACUUUAUCAAAGUAUUGUUGAUGAACAUCUUGAUCCAGAAAGGAAGAAGUUGCCUCCACAUGAGGAUGAUGUUAUUGAUGCCUUGAUUGAACUGAAGAAUGAUCCUUACUGCUCAAUGGAUCUCACUGCAGAACACAUCAAGCCCUUGAUCAUGAAUAUGUCGUUUGCUGUGACAGAAACAAUUGCGGCAGCGGUAGUCUGGGCUAUGACUGCACUAAUGAAGAAUCCAAGAGCGAUGCAGAAAGUACAAGAAGAGAUUCGGAAAGUGUGUGCAGGGAAAGGUUUUAUAGAGGAAGAAGAUGUCGAAAAGCUUCCAUAUUUCAAGGCCGUUAUAAAAGAAUCAAUGAGAUUGUACCCAAUUUUGCCUAUACUUUUACCAAGAGAAACAAUGACAAAUUGCAACAUUGCAGGGUACGACAUUCCAGACAAGACAUUGGUGUACGUGAAUGCAUUGGCGAUCCAUAGAGACCCAGAAGUAUGGAAGGAUCCAGAAGAGUUUUAUCCAGAGAGAUUCAUAGGAAGUGAUAUAGAUUUAAAAGGACAAGAUUUUGAGCUGAUUCCGUUUGGUUCUGGGCGAAGAAUUUGCCCCGGCUUAAACAUGGCUAUUGCUACCAUCGACCUUGUACUUUCUAAUCUUCUCUAUUCAUUUGAUUGGGAAAUGCCUGAAGGAGCUAAGAGGGAAGACAUUGACACUCAUGGUCAAGCCGGACUUAUUCAACACAAGAAAAAUCCUCUCUGUCUUGUUGCUAAGAAGCGAAUUGAAUGCGUGUGAUCUUGAAAUUGCAUGUUAUAGUUAAGUGAGUCUUCAUAUUCAAUAUUAUAAUAAAAGACUCUAAUGUGGUAUUAUAUGUUCAAAGAAAUAAAAUUCAUCUUGCUGUAUUAACUAUUCCUUUGUAGUUCAGGGGAGUGGUAAAUAGGAUGAUUUUGAUCUGAUAUGUCAUGUUGUAAGAAGUCUGAGAGUCGAGAAAUGGUGAAGAACAUUAAGGUUUUAUCCUAUAAAUAGUUUUUCACUCAGUCGAUGACCAUGUUCUACAAAUGAUGUGUUGAUUUUGAAUGUUAUUUUUCAAAGUAGUUCCCUUUGAUUUCAGCAG